UCCCGAUCGGAACAAACAACCAGCCGGUCGAACCGAACCGAACCGAACCCAACCCAACCCAACCAAGAGGAAGCUCAUGGCGGCCGCCGGCUCGGAGGCUGAGCGGAGCGGCGAGAAGCCGCCGGCGAAUGCGCCCGCCUUGGAGGCCGCCAGGACGAUGUCGCCGGAGCGCGGCAUCCAGUCGCCCGUGAACGGAGGCCCAGGGAAGGAGCCGUCGGGGGAGGCCAAGGUCGUCGAAGAGCGGCGGGAGGAUGGGGUCCAAGCGGCCGACGCGGAGCGCAGCGACGAAUCGACCAAGGCGGACGAGGGGGCCUUCGUCGACUCGACCAAGGCGGAGAACAUCAAGAAGCUGCAGUCGGAGGCGCCCACCGACGACCCGGACGCCGAGCCUGCAGAUGUCAAGAGCAACGGCAAGAACGUCGACGCGGCCACGAGCGCCGCCAAGGAGGACGGGAACCCGGUGGAGGAGGACCCCACCAACGUCCCGGAGGCGGAGGACCCGAGCAGUACCAAUCCAGCUGGUACCUCAAGGUCUUGGUCAAGCACGGUAUUCAAGGCUGGGAAAGCCAUCGAGGAAUCUAGUCGCUAUGUUGGUAGCUGGCACGCGCCGCUGCAACACAGCAGCGAUUUCCUGCGACAGGUUGCGCGCUACGCCCCAGCCACAGGACUCCAGCAGGGUUGUCCUGCUGCAUUCAUCUGGCUGUCUUGGGCCUGCGACAAGGUCAGUGCUUUCCUCGCCGAGGUGGCAACAACCGUGCAGGGUGCAUCGGCCCUUGGGCGAAUGGUAGGCCGCUGCACGAGUAUGAUCGGCAACAACCUUAAGGCGGAGCCGGGGGAAGAACCAGAGCCAGGCAAGAAAGAUGGCACCGCUGCCAAGGUGCUAAUCACAUCAUGUGACCAGCUUGAGGAAGUAUUGAGGUUCUGGGAGGCAGGAGCGAGGGUCCAGCUGGAUAUAGGCCCGGACGUGAGCGCCGCGCUGGCCAAUCUCUUGUAUGACAUGCUCAAACAGCGAGGGCCUGCUGCCCUUGAUCUUAUCAAGAAUGGCUCCAACAUGGCGGCAAAGCGCUCAGGGGCAUAGGGAUCAACAUUUUCUUGCUGUUAAACAUGCAUACAGAUGUAUACUAUUCUUGGGGUGAUACUUCCUCCUUCCCAUAAUAUAAGAUCGUUUUGCAAGCUGUUUUAGCUCGCAAAACGAUCUCAUAUUAUGGGAUGGAUGGAGAUACAAUGUAAUCUGAUGGCAUUCCAGUUAGUGGAUGCACAGCCUGGCAAACCUAGGAGCCAAUGCUAGUGAUAUACCACUGCCUUUACUAACGUGUGGAGUUGGCUGUGGUGAUCAAAAACUGUGAGAUAUGUGUGUAGUUGUUGGUUCUUCAGAAAUUUUGUGCAAGCAAAAUAUUAUCAGGUCUUAAUUCUGGAUGUAUAAACUUGCCUGCAGCAAAAGAUUUUUUGGUUAUA